UUGAUAGGCGGUGAAACAAAAGUGGGAGGGGCCAUCCAGCGACGCGGCCUGUUUCCGGUCAGGCGCGGCUCUGGCGGAGCGGAGCGGAGCUAGUGCUGUUUCUUGGGUUCUCAAAAAAAGGAAGCGACAUGUCGGCGGCGUUUAAAAAGGCGGCUAAGUCCCAACAGCGGGAGCACCGGGAGCGAAGUCAGCCUGGCUUUCGAAAACAUCUGGGCUUUUUGGAAAAGAAGAAAGAUUAUAAACUUCGUGCCAAUGACUACCACAAGAAGCAGGACUAUCUCAGAGCCCUUCGGAAGAAGGCCCUGGAAAAAAAUCCUGAUGAGUUUUACUUCAAGAUGACUCGGGUUCAACUCCAGGAUGGGGUCCACAUGGUCAAGCAGCCCAAGGAUGAGGUGACCGAAGAGCAGCUGAAGGUGAUGAAGACUCAGGACAUCAAAUAUGUGGAGAUGAAGAGGGUGGCGGAAGCCAAGAAAAUCGAACAGUUGAAAUCAGAGCUCCACCUGCUGGAGGCCUCUGGGAAGCAGAAGAACAAGCACGUCUUCUUCUUUGACACCAAAAAGGAAGUGAAGGAGUUCGAUAUCGCGACUCACCUGCAGACGGCCCCCGAGCUGGUGUCGCGCGUCUACAACCGGCCCAGGAUCGAGACCCUGCAGAGAGAAGCUGUGAUGGGCGCCACGCAUCAGAGCCAGAUCCAGAAGCUGGCUAGAGAGAGGAAAAGGCAAUACAGCCUCCUGAAGCAACGUAUCGAGAGGGAGAAGGAAUUGUUUGUUAUUGCACAGAAAAUCCAAACACGAAAAGAUCUUCUGGAUAAAACCCCCAGAGUGAAGGUGAAGAAAGAAACGGUCAAUUCCCCAGCUAUUUACAAAUUUAAAAGUCAACGAAAACGUUAAAA